UAUUGAUCAAGCUAACUGCGAUGCUUGGAGGUAUGGGAUAAAAUGAUUGGGAUAGCGACGGAUUCUAAGCAAAUGUAACGAUCGCAACGUGUAUCGUAUCGCCUUUGAGACAUCAUUUGAGCGUACGGUCGAUACGAUUAAUUUUAAGGUGAAAUACGAUGUUCGUAUUAAAUUUCAGGUCGCUUGGUCAAAUAAACGAGGUCCAUAUAGAUAAUACUAAAAUUGAUAACACGAUGAUAACAGUGCUGAUUACCAACAAAGGCCCAUCCCCGUCCUCUUACCGAUUACGGAUUACGGACUGUCCCCAAGGACUUCCGCCAUCGUGGUUCAACGUCGAGAAAGAGACGAAGACUAUCUCGCCCCAUCAUGAUCAUAAAAUAAUUCUGAAUUUGUACGGCAAACUCCCUUUAGAAGAAUUCUCUUGUUCCGGUAAAUGUCGUGAAAACUCGCGUUGGUCGAUUUCCUUCCUCCCCCUCCCCAAGGGUUUAUUUCUUCGUUCAACAACUGAACGAAUCGAUUUGAAAGAAAAGAAAUCCUUUUUUGAUGAUUUCAUCGUUUCGUUUCUUUUUUUUUUUUUUUUCCAGCGAUACUUAUGAACCGUUACGACCAGCUGGUGGCACGAAGAAGGAUAAAUGUACGAAAAGGGAAUAGUUGCUCUUGCGUGAAAAAUUCCGACUGCACGUGUACCGAUAAAAGCGAUACAAGAUUUAAGCCUGCCCAGGUCAAAGAUUAUCACGUCGCCCGUCUUGAGGAAAAGAAACCGACUUCAAACAAAAUUCCAGAAGAGCCUAAAGUUUGGCCUACGAUUUGGCCCGGCGUAAUGACAAUUUCUUGGCAUAACGUUAUGACGAUUGUUUGCUCUGUCCUGACCAUUUUGCUGUUAUUUCUACUUCUUCUAGGUAAUCCAGAAAUCAAUUUUGGGAACUUUUUUGUUUUUUUUUUUUUCGAGAAACGAGGAUUAAAGAGGAACUUUUUAUUAGGUUUCUUUAAAUGGAUGUUUGGCUUAUGCGUGCCGACAGUAAGUCGUUGGGGAUUGGACACUUUGAUUAAUACCGAAAAGAUGGAAAGAUAUUACGAGAAAGAUUUAAGAUCGAGAAGCGUUGUAUUUAACGAAUUAGGGCAACCUGUGCAUCCAGAUACGUGUCAAAAGUCUGUCAGAGUGUGCAAUAGGAUAUCAGAAUUUAUUCUCAACGUUUCGUUUUUCUUUGUCUAUCCGUUCAUGGCUCUCUUUCAACCUCGUGCGAAACCUCAACCACCUAGCCAUCAAAUUAGCACCACCAGCACCACGAACACCACCACAAGUACAAAAGAAUCAAAGGUGAAAAAAAAGAGACGAUAUAUAACGAUCGACGAUUCUUAAAUCUUUAUAUUUCACAAGAAUCAUUUUGUGACACGAACGAAAAAACGUUUAGGCGAGUUUGUUAUCCGAAAAGGAAGAGAGCUCAACGAUGAUACGCGUCAUCACGUACGGCGACACUAUAAAUUCCAAGAUGGAAGAGGAGGACACGAAAUACGUGAUAGACGAAUUGAAGAAAUCUCAAGAAUCGUUGCAAAAUCUAAACAGAUACAAGGUAGGCGUCGUAUUUACAUGAAUAAAAUUCCAUACCAACGAAUUUCAACCGACACCACCGUCGUCGUUUUCAGAGGGAGCAUACUGUAAGGCAACAAAGCUCAUCCGAUUAAUCCGAAAAUCAGCGUGUCGAACCGUUUCCGGGGGAGAGGGGAGGGAGGGAUG